CAGCUCAUGUGACGACUGAAUGACUGUAUUUUGUCCAAGCUCGUAUUACCCACAGCUCAUGUGACGACUGAAUGACUGUCUCUUAAAGCCGUCUUAAGCGUUGUAUUAAAACUAACAAUUUCAAAGAAGAAUGUUUGCUCUCGGCGAUAUUUCGAGAUUCGAAGGCGAUAAUUCCGAAAAAGUCACGUCAUUCAAGAUUCUCAAACCAGUAUGGGAUGUUAUUACGGAUUAUCUUGUGAUAUUCCUGGCAAUGUUGUCGAUUGUGUUCGCAGGUAUGGAAGUCACAUCCGGUAGAUUUGAGUGUUUAGCUGCUGUUAAUUGCCCUGGUAUAUCCAGCUCAAAUACGAGCAGUUUCUUUUUAUCGCACAUGAAAUAUCAUAAUGUUUGUAAAAGCUUUUACAAUUCUCAGAAGACAAAUGUGCGGAUAAAGGGAACAGAUGUUAUGACAGACCUUAAGAGCAGUGUUCAAUACUCUAAUUUCGUGAAUUCUGAAUGCAGUAAGAGCGCAAUUCCCAACUUUCUUGCCUACUUCUGGUUUUUGAUGUUUAUCGAGGCAUUUGUGCUUAUUAUACUCGACAAUCUGUGGCUUAAGCUCCCUACCACGGCGGCGACGAUUGAAAGUUUUGUAUCACUUGUGAUGGCAUGUUAUGCUUCGCCAUGCUCAAAUUUAGAGUUAACAAAGGCGCUUUCAAAAGUGCCAAAUCCUAAAGUGGAAAAUUCCGCUUCUGAUGACAGCGGCAGUGACAGCGAUCAGGGCCAUGAAUUAAGUAUCUUGGAUGAUACUGCAACUGUUAGCGCGAUUAGAACCUUAUAUGAAAAACUGGAGACGCUUAAAGAGAUCAAUGCCACAUCGUCAGACAAACCAGACAAAACAGACAAACCA